CUCAGCCAAUCACACGCCGCCUCCGAGGCGGUGCAGGCGGGUCAAGAUGGCGGAUAUCAGCCUUCUCACGGACGACUCCGAGGGGGACCCGGCCGACUGUUUCGACGACUUUGGCCCGGACAGCGAUAUCCAGUCGAUAACGUCGGUGCUGGAUACCAUAACUCAGGAUGAAAUGUUGACGCCACUGGCCAGGAUGGAGAAAUUCUCAUCAAGCGACAACAUAUUUAACAGACAGAUGAUCACCAGGAGCCUCCUGGACACGUUCCGCUUCGUGAUGGACGAUGAAAACGAGUCGCUCAAAGUCAUGCGAGUAAUCGUCAAGCUGUCGGAAGAUGCCGAGCCAACGGUACGAGCCGAGCUGAUGGAGCAGCUGCCUCACAUCGCCAUUUUCUGUAAAGACAGCCAUCCCACGGUUCCGCACAUCAUUCAGAAGUACCUGCUGCCCGUCGUCAUCCGAUUGAUGGCUGACACGAACAACCAGGUGCGCAAGACGAGCCAGGCGGCGCUGUUGGUGCUGCUGGAGCAGGAGCUGCUGGACGCCGCCAGCAUCGAGACCAAAGUGUGCCCCGUGAUCUUGGAGCUGACGGCGCCCGAGAGCAACGACGACUACAAAGCCGAGGCCGUCACGAUCAUGUGCAAGAUGGCGAUGGUGGUCGGCAAGGACGUGACGGAGUGUCUGCUGCUGCCGCGCUUUUGCGAGCUCUGCAUGGACGGCAAAAUUUUUCACGUCCGCAAGGUUUGUGCGGCUCACUUUGGCGACGUGUGCAGCGUUGUCGGGCAGAAAACGACAGAGCACGUGCUGCUUCCCAAGUUCAUGCAGCUGUGCUCGGAUAGCGUGUGGGGCGUGCGCAAGGCGUGCGCCGAGUGCUUCACCGCCGUGUCGAGCACCGCCUCGCACGAUUUCCGCCGCACCCAGCUCUCGCCGCUCUUCAUCAACCUCAUCUGCGAUCCCUCGCGCUGGGUGAGGAUGGCGGCCUUCCAGUCUCUGGGGCAGUUCAUUUCCACGUUCGCGUGCCCCCCCUCGCUGCUCGCCGGCGUGGCAAUCCACAGGGAGAGCAAAGGGGACGUGGAAUUGAACAUCGAGGCUCUGUCGGCGUCGCCUUCCACGGGCGCCGCCGACGGGCAGGAGGAGCCGGCCGACGGCUGCCCCAAUCCCGGCAGCGACGCCGGUGGGGCCCCCGCGCCGCCGCCGCCGCCACCGAGGCUCGCCGCCUGCGAGAGCGGAGGCUCGGAGUCUCUCUCGGCCGACUCUCGUCAGCCACAGCCGCCCUCGAUUCCCACCGAGCGCGACACCCAUGUCGCGUCGGAGCCCGCGCGCUCGCACGACGACGACGACGAGGAGGCUGCUGAAAGCUGUCGUUCCGCGGAGAGCGCGGCGAGCGAGCGGCCACGAGAGCAGUCGGGCGACCGCAACUCCACCCGGCGCGACGCCGAGAUGGCCGGGCCGGGCGGUGGCGACGCCGGAGCGAGCGACAAGUACGGCACGUUCCUCUUCUGGAGAACGCCGCUGUCGGAUGUGGCGAUCGACGGGGAGCUGCUGCUGCCGCUGCCACACCCCCCCGAGUGCCACGCGCCGCGCGAAGAGCCGGCGAAAAGAGACGAGGCCGAUGGUGCGAGCGCGCCAACGGCGGAGGAUGCAACGGAUGUUGGGAAGAUCCGCGACAGAGAGGCUGUGGACGUGGCUGCGUGCAUGCUGGAGGCCGCCUCCCACGAUUCGGACCCGUCCGAUCUCGGCGAAUACGAGGGAUUGCACUUCGACAACGUUUGCCUCUCCCUGGACGGCUCCGUCAAGUCGAGCUUCCUCAACAGCACGGAGGAGGAGGAGGAGCGCGUUGGCACCAUGGACUCUCCCGACAGGAGCAUGGUGCUCACACCGCAGCCAGAGGAGCAGCUUCACAACCAGGACGUGAUACCGCAGGAGCUGCUGGACCAGUUCCUGUCCAUGACCGACCCGUUCCGGGCUCAAACGGUGGACACGGAGAUCGCGAGGCACUGCGCGUACAGCCUCCCGGGGGUGGCGCUCACCCUUGGCACCCAGCACUGGCACUGCCUCAAGAGCACCUACAACUCGCUGGCAGCGGACAUGCAGUGGAAGGUGCGGCGAACGCUCGCCUUCUCCAUCCACGAGCUGGCCGCCAUCCUGGGAGACCGCCUCACCGCCGUGGACCUCGUCCCCGUGUUCAACGGCUUCCUCAAGGACCUGGACGACGUGCGCGUGGGCGUGCUCAAGCACCUGCACGACUUCCUCAAGUUGCUGCCCCAGCAGAAGCGGCGGGAGUACCUCUACCACCUGCAGGAGUUCCUCGUCACGGACAACACGAGGAAUUGGCGAUUUCGCUACGACCUUGCAGAGCAGUUGAUUCUGCUCCUCGGGCUCUAUGCCUCCAAGGACGUGUUUGACCACCUCUGCCCCAUUGCCUUUCAACUCUGCUCGGACAAAGUUGCAGAAGUCCGAUGGAUUUCCUACAAACUGGUCAGCGAGAUUGUCCGCAAGCUGUCGUCUUCACGGGAACUCCUUCAGCUGUUCCUGGAGCAGAUCAUCAGCAAGUUCCUGGCGGGUUCCAAGUGGAACAGCAGGCAGACCUUCGCUUACAUCUGCCAGGCCAUAGCGGAGGAGGACUGCCUGGCGUGGGAAGACUUUGGGCUGUUGCUGCUGCCGCGUCUGCUGGAGUUGGUGCCCGACCCGGUGCCCAACGUGCGCAUCCUCCUCGCCAAGACGCUGCGGCAAGCCGUGCUGGAGAAAGACGUUCCCGCUGGCGCCGCGCUGCAGGCGGCGGAGCAGGCGGUGCUGCUGCUGCAGAGCGACGCGGACCCCGACGUGCGCUACUUCGCCACCAACAGCGUGGCGCCAAACGCCAAACACUACGACGACACCCGCAGCUCCAGCUCCUCGACUUACUGAUGAUGAUUUUGCUCGAAAAUUUCCUCCCACGGGUUUUUUUGUUGUUGUGGCAGCAGCGGCAGCAGCGGCACACCAGCUCACAGGUUUUUUUGUGUACUCGACUAAUGUAUAAAUGUAAUAAUUAAAUUUCGAAUAAAAUACACUUUUACAUUU